AUGGCGCCAGCCUUACACGCAGACACACCUCUCUCACCGGGACUUGCAGGUGGGCAUUGGAGGCGAGUCUCAGGAGGCCUCCUCGAUGUGGACAGUAUUUCCAAUGGUGCUGCCCGCUCUGUAGCCUCGCGAAGAGUGUCUAGGAAGCUAGGAGCUGCCGGUGAAUCCUCGAACAUUUCCAACGUCGUUUAUUCCCUGAAACGUAGGAGCGGCGAUGAACUGGGCGUGACAACAUCUUCACGGCUUAUGAAUGCGAACCAUGCUACACUACUUGACUGGAUCCGCCAUCAACGGAUGAGUAAGAUCCCCCCGGAAGGGAGCAGCUAUGACAAAGUCCUGGCGUGGGCCCAGCUUUUCGUGGAGCGCUUGCAUUCCUUUGACUUGGCUAUUGAGCACUUCGCUGGAGACAGCUACUUGGCUGCUCAGUUGGCUUAUGGGUAUUGCGCGAUUUUGUUAGAGCUUGGCGAAGAGAAUUCAUCUGCCCUUAAGGUUUCAUUUGGUUUCUUUUAUAGCACUUCACUCAUUCUGGUUAAUCUUCUUGAACGAACUGAGUUAUUUAGUGUUUCCCAAGAAAUCAAAGAGCAGCUAGUUCUGGCUUUGACAGACUUGGUAACACUGGUAGCCAGUGUGUCCACACACUUCCACAAAGCUCUCCGUGGGCUCAGCAAAGCUUCGAUCUCCGUGAACAUCUAUGGCACGUUCUCGGGGCAGAUUGAAAGCUUCCGAAGCCGAUGUGAGAAGAUCUCCCAGGCAAUGUGGAAGCAUCAACUCCUGAAAGAUGGCCUCGAUGGUGAACGUGUAUCUGAGGUCAAAUCCAUCAAGCUGUGGUUGGCGCCCGAAGACCGGGUGCUGUCAAACGUUGCAGAAAACGUGUCUCAUCUUGCGCAAGAUCGUGAAGAAUUAACAUGCCUUUGGCUGAGCCCUUAUUUGACUCGUUUUCUCAAAAGCCAGCAGCUUAAGGGUCUUUCGAUUUCCGGUUCUCCAGGUUCAGGAAAGACAGUCCUGGCUUCUGUCAUCGUUGAUCAUCUCCAGCACCCUAUUGCAGGUGUCACUUACAAUACCCUUUUUAUUCCAAUUAAUACUCGUAUUCCCGUGGAGACGGCUCCUCAGGCAGUCGUGAAGUCAAUACUUCGCCAGCUUUUCGACAAGCGUAUUGGUAACACCCAGCUAUUCCAAAUACUUUCCAACGCAUACGACCGUAGCCGGCAAGUAACCAGUAUUGAUGAUUACGAAAACAUUCUCUGGGAUGCCUUGGGGGCUUCUCUAGAGGCUCCUCUUCGUGGUGCGAAGCCUCUGGUCAUUAUUGUAGAUGGUGCCGAUGAAAUAUCUGGCUCGGAGUCAACUCUACUCGAAAGGCUUCAAACAGUUACGGCCAAAUCAAACAAUCUGAAACUUAUCGUUCUUGGAUCUCAGAAUUUCAAACCAUCGGGCAACUUGACAAACAUACAUAUUACUCCUGAACUCAUAUUCGAUGACAUUUCAGCCGUUGUUCGCAACGGCUUCGAGACCAGUCAGGUCUUCAAUAGUCUCUCAGAGACGGAACAAGAGAUCCUAGUUGAACAGAUUGCACAGGCUUCUAAUGGCUCUUUUCUUUGGGCAAAGUUGGCAGCCAGACUCGCUCGGAAUGAAACUACUGCCGAAGCCCUUCAGAAAGCCGUUGGUUCUUUGACCACUGGAAAGUUAACUAUCAUCGACUUUGUGACGCGCAUUCUGCAGUUCCCAGAUCUUACCGAGGAAGCAAAGCUUGCAGUGGUCUGGUUGGCUACUGUGGACCGUCCCUUGUCCCAACGUGAGCUCUCGGCAUUGUUAUCUAUUCAACUAGACAAGUCAACGGUCACCGAACGCAAUAUGGACGUUUUGCACUUUUUGAAGCCGGUAAACUCAUUGGUGUAUCUUGAGGAUGGCUAUGUGUAUCUCCGACAUGGCCAAAUCCGGUUGGCUGUCGUCGAGGUCUUCUCCAAGGGAAAGCUUCUCCCAAAUAUAAAAGACAGGCACUCUGACUUACUAAGAAGGCUUUUUGUUUAUUCCCGCUUUGCAAUCAACGAGGACCGUGAGCCUUCUCUCACUUCUCUUGAUCAAUUUGAAACCACCAAACUCAUUGACAAGCAUGUUCUACUGGAGUUCGCUCUGCGUUAUUGGGUCUCGCAUUUCCGCCAAACUACCGCCUUCAUUAAAGAUGGCGAAGUUGGGGCAGCUAAGGAAUUUGGGAAGCUAUUGCCCACAACUACGACAUUCUUUCUUUUACAGCAAACCAUCUGGGAACACAAACCUAUUCCUGUUCUUCUACCAUGGUACACGACCGUCACUACUUUGACUCGUAAUAUCCUCACACCCAACCAUCUCGCUACUCUGCAGUCAAUUAUAACGCUAGCCCUAUUCUACCGUCAAAUCAAACUCUACCCAGAAGCCGGCAACUUACUUUAUGAGGCUACCGCUAUCAGUCGCACCGUUCUCAACCCCCAGCAUAUCAUAACCAGUCAGGUCGCCAGUCUAUUUUUGGAGGUCACUGCAGAGACGAUCACUGAGACCAAGACGGAAAUCAUGACUAGGAGGGAGGAAAUACUGGUGUUACUUGUGGAAGCGUACAAGGCUCACUACGGCGUAACUUCUGAGAUCGUGAUCUCAACUUUGACUCAGUUGGCGGAACACUAUCAACUUGUCAAAGAAGAAACUAAAGCAAGGGAAAUCUUUCUGUCAUUAAGAACAGCCACCAUCAAGCAAUACGGUGCAGACUCCCAAGAGGCGCGUGACAUCAAUGGUAGCUUGCAGGUGCACCUUAAAGGCCAUGUCACCAAAGCCGAGGUAGAGACCGGGACAACUCUACUCCUAGAUGCGGUAGAAGAAGAUGAGCUAAUUGAAGAGUCUUAUGACUUCCAAGCUCACUUGCAAAAAGCUGAAAAGUAUGCGGCUGAGGGCCACCACCAGCUUGCAGAGCGAACAUAUGUUGAAAUUUGGCAACGAGCAAGCAAAGAGUCUCGCACGCAUUACUCUUCUGAGUGGGAAGAGAAGAAAUACCAGGCUGUCUUGGCAUAUUCGAAAUUCUUGAAGACACAAAAACGAGAAUUUGAAGCUUCCUCGCUGCUGACUACCACAUGGAAGGAAUAUGAACAAACAAGCGUCGCGACUGAAAAGUCUAUUUCUUAUAUGACUGAGAUUGCUAAAGUCAUGAAGACAGUAGGCUUGUCGAGCGUUGCUCUUUCUGUCUACAAGCGAUGCUCGCAGUACUAUGAAAGUACCAACCGGACACAGACAACGACCUAUAAAGAGGUUCAGCAGAGUAUCCAGUCAACCUCUAAGGAGGUGAUGCAAGUCAUGUCCUCGUCUUCUUCGGUUACGUCUGAAACUACUUUGGAAGAAAUUGUUUACGAAGCUUCAUCCUCAAUUACCACUAUAGAUCAAACAUCCAUCACUGCGGCAUCAACUUUAUUUGAAAGAUAUACUUCACAGCAUCGGUGGCAUGAUGCUACCCGUCUGAUCAAGCGAGUUUUGCAAGGCAUCUGGCCAACUCUAUUUGCCCCCUCCCUUCAAGAUGUGACGCUUCCAAGCAAGCAUGUUGACCACUGCGUUGAGCUAGCCGAGCGCUUGAGCCUGUGUUACCACUCACGUCGUCGUCUUGGAAAGGAAGAAGAUAUUCGUACCAGAGUCUAUCGUGCCGUAAGAUCUGGUCGCCCGGUUGGCGACAAGCUGCUUGACCGAAUUACCUCAGAACUCCUGCGAUUCUUUGAGCGUACAUCUCAGACAGACAAGGUGAUCACCCUCCGUCAGGAAUUGCUUAGUGAUUAUAUUAGCCAAUAUGGUCUUCAUAAUCCACUGGUAAUCACCAAUCUGUGGGCUCUCGCAGAUCUCACUCGACCACGUCCGAUAUUUGUUGACUACUACCGUCAGAUUGUUACUGCAAUCAACAAGGACUCAGACAUCUCCCACCCCGAGGCUUUUGAGCCUCUUGUCAUUGUGGCUACAGAGCUAUGGACCCAAGGGCGAUACUCCGAUGCGGUACCUUACUACAGGAUUCUUUUCAAUACUUUCCUACAACAGCCGAAAGUAAGCCCAAAGUUUGAGGAUCAGGAGUUUGUCAAAACAUUCUUCACACGAUACACGCACUCUCUUCGCGCGAUCCAAAGUGACUUCGCCGUCAUCCAUAAAAUCACGGUAGAAUACCAAACGAAGGUCAAGGCUAUUUUCAGUGCCACUGCUUCCAUUACUAUUCAAGCUACAUUGACCCUGGCAAAACUCUGUCAAGAAUCCAAGCGACUUGAGAUUGAAGCUAUUCAUUUGUACGAGGAGCUUCUCAAAGUCAAGUCAAAGGAGAUCGAUUAUCAGGAGAUCACCGCCACAUUGGAUGCUAUUUAUGAAGAACAGGCUGCCAUUGUCACGUCCACCAAAUCGGAGUCUGUUUCAUCUGCUCAAGUCGAUCGCGCAGUUUCCGUUCUGAAGCGGCGCAUCACGACCGUACGACAGAGUCACGGCUGGGCUCACGAAGAAUCGCUCUCUAAAAUGCAGGAGAUGGUCUCAUUUUACUCCAAGCGUAACGAGACGGAAACAGUUCUAAAGGAACUCAAGGAAGCUUCUAUACAGAUUCUAUCUACUGAAACAUCGUCCACACGACUUGUCUCCAGUGCAACGGCCAUUGCGUCUAGUUACAUUGCAUCUAACCAGAUCCAAAAGGCCACCGAACUUUCGCAGGAGAUCUACCGCCAAAUUGUUACGAAGGAUACGUCCAAUGUCAAGUCAGUCAACUUCGACCUUACUUCGAAGGAGCGCCAGAGCUUGGUUUUCUUGGCCCAACUCGAAUAUAACCUGCGUCAAAACACCUCUGUGACUCUGAAUGAGAUAUUCUCCUCUUUGACCACUGAGUAUGUCUACUUCGAGGAAUACCGAAGUCAGCUGAAGUCAACGAAUACCACUUUACAAACCAUAACGUUUACUGCUGCACGUUUGCAUGCAUUCCUGCUCUCUCGCGAACGCCAUGCAAGCGCAACCCGAGUGUACGACGAUUUUGUUAACUACUUCCUCGCUACAGAUGGAAAACGAGUUAAAUUGACUGAAAUAGCUCAGGUGAGAAUCUUCACACUCACUCUGCUGAACUAUUUUAGCACUCGUGGCACGCACAACUUCAUUCGCUCCGUGGGUAUCGCGAGCGAAAGACGUACACAGCAAUUAAUUGCAGACAAGAAAUUCGACGUAGCGUCUGACCUUGCCCUGGCUGCUUUCCGUUAUAUCUCGGCUCACGAGUCGUAUCGGAGUGCUUCAAUUGUCACACUCGUUUUCCGGCUGGCUGUCACUGUCGCCGGCCGCGGAAUCCCGCAAACUAAUGAGACUGCUCAAGCGAAGUUACUCAAAACUUCAUCAUUCAUUUUGCAAGAUGUCCUGAAGGUCGUUAAAGAGCUGAAUAUCAACCUGACCCAACUCAGCCUUGGGCAUCUGAACAACCUGAUUGCCCUGCUUGGAGAGCAGCAAGACUACAAGUCUCUUGCAUGGUUGCUCACCUUGCUCUGGAACAGCCGUGAAGCACAGCGUUCAUGGCAACCGUCAGUCACAUUUGCUCUUGGGCGCCGCUUUAUUCUGGUCCGCUACAUUGCUGGAGAGGUAUUGGCAGCUCUUCGUCUUGCUGAGGAUAUCGUUUACAAUUGCCGCCGCGUGCAUGGACCUAGACAUCCCAGCACAUUGGAGAUGUCUGUUCUCCUCUCGCAGCUGUACACUAGCGUCGCUCAGCGGUACCAGAGUCAAAAGUCCGGCCAGGAGAUUGCUCAUCGGUAUUACAAAAAGGCUGCCGUCGUACAUGAAAAUAUACUGCGUGUCUUCAGCGAUCCAUCCUAUGCUGAACUCGAAGGCGGUGACAUGAGUUUGAGUUUGGAUGGGUCCACGUACUCCCUGGAAUUGGGCAAUGUUGUCCACAGUACCUGGACUGAGGGAGAACACGUUCGCCAACAUUUGGCUCUCCUUAAGCUUGCUAUCGAACGCUUGGGUGAUUGGCCAAAGGACUACAGUGAGUUCGAGCGGCUCAACGCCGACAUCUUCCGGGAAUUCAAGGAGGACCUCAAUGGCGUUGAGGGUGUGGAGAAGUGGACGCCAAAGAAUUUUGGCUCAGGAAAGGCUGAGAGUAACGAUGAUCUUUUGGAUACUGGUAUCAAGAACUGGGAGAUUGUUGACGCACGAAGCCUUAAUGGGGUACAUGCAGACGUGGAACUAUAA